CCCCGAGUCUUUUUCAAACAAAAACAUUUUACUAUAAAUUUAUCGCAGAAAAUGUCCCAACAACCCGUUCUCGUACCGACAGCCUCGCUCCACGGGAAAGUAGCCAUCGUCACGGGCUCCAGUCGCGGCAUUGGCAAAGGCAUAGCUCUCGAACUCGCCAAGCGUGGCUGCAGCGUAGUCAUCAACUACGCCAACAGUAAGAGUGGCGCCGACGAGGUCGUUGAGACUAUAGAGAAGCUCGGAACUGGUGUGCGGGCAGUUGCGAUUCAGGCGGACAUAAGCAAGGUCCCCGAGAUUGAGCGCCUUUUCCAAGAAGCAAAACAAUAUUUCGGUCAUAUUAAUGUCGUCGUGAGCAACUCCGGCACCGAGUCCUUCGAUAACACGGAAGAUAUCACCGAAGCCGCCUUCGACAAUGUCUACAACCUCAAUGCACGUGCCCAAUUUUUUAUAGGGCAAGCAGCCUGGAAGCAUAUUGAGGAUAAAGGCCGCGUGGUCCUCAUGAGCUCGAUAUCAGCCGGCAAACUAGGCAUCAAAAAACACGCGUUGUACAACUCGAGCAAGAUGGCAGUGAUUGGUAUGGUGAAAGCAUUCGCAACUGAUUUUGGCGCAAGGGGUAUCACGGUAAACGGAAUAGCGCCGGGAGGUGUGCUGAGCGACAUGUUUUAUCAGAAUUGCUGGAAUUAUAUACCAGGUGCUACACCAGACUGGCCACCGGAAAAGUUGGAGCAGUUGACGGCAAAAGCAUGUCCCCUAGGGCGCUGCGCUGUACCAGAGGAUAUUGCACGAGUGGUCGCUUUUCUGGUUUCCGAAGACGGUGGGUGGGUGAAUGGCGAAGUCAUCACCACUUCUGGUGGCUUUGUGUAA